AAGCGUUACACAAUUAACCGGGCAUGGAGAUUAAGAAAAAUAAAGUUGGGUGAUUAAAAAUAGUGCAAAGGAGAGAGAAAUAAUUAAUUAGUCACGUGUGAGAUUAUAAAAAUUUUACCAAUAAGUAAUUAGGCAUUGUAAAUUUAUUAAUACUACAUCUGUUCUAGUCUAUUAACCUUUGGGUGAGGUGUAUUCAUGCAAUCAUGCUAGGUAUAUCAAAGGGAGUGAUAUCUGGAAUUAUAUACCUAAAUAUGACUCCUGCUUCUACUGGAAAAAGAUGAUAACGUAAGAGGUGAAAUCAUUGGGAUGCCAAAGGUAGGAGACUACUGUCCAAAGGAGGGAUAGAGAUGGCUAACUAGAGAGCAUAAUAAACCUGAUUGGACUAGUAUUGUCUGGAAUAGACUGAGUAUCCUGAAACACCAAUAUACUAUUGUUUGGCUUCUUAUGAGAGACGGAUUGCAAACCAAGUGAAGGAUAAGUAAGUUUGCUGAUGGUAACUUGGAAUAUAUCCUUUUUGACAAUGGGAUGGAAGAUGGGGAUCAUCUAUUUUGGUCAUGUGAUUACUUCAAACAGGUUAAUGAGGGAAUACUAGGCCAGAUGGGAUGCAAGAUAGAUGUUGCUACAUUAAAUGUUCAUCGGAAGUCGACUUAUUGAAAAGCACAAACAUUUCAUUCGGAAGUUCAUUGGUUCCUCAGUAACCCAAACUCCCCUUUAAUUCUCCAUUCAAAUCCUCCAAUUUGGACAGAUCCUUAUGUGUCUCUGAUAAGGCAGACACCUAUUUCUGUCAAAUCCAUGGAGGGCUACAAUCUCAUUCGCCUGAUUUUUGUUCCCACGGCAGAUUCGGCGCUAAGCCUUGAGCAGAUCUCUAGCGCCUACAAAGUGAGAGGGGAUGCAUAGAGACGGAUGGAAGCGCCGGACUAGGGUUUUGACCCUAGCGCAUGAGAUAAUUAAAUUGGGACAACAACUACAAACUCUGGAGCAGCACAGGGGCACGGAUUCAGCAACCAGGGUCAAGGACUUCACACAAAUUCACCAGCGGCGCCACCGUUUUAAGUGUACAGAUUUUAGGUGGAAAUAUGUCUCCCAUUCAUUGUAUACGUCUUGAAAACUGAUGACUCCAUUAGCGAAGAAUCCGAAGAAGCCUUGUCAAAACUGGUUGAUUCAAACUUGUGGUGAGCAAAGCAGCUAAGGUGAUGUUGAAGCUUGAUGAGAGACUAUUGUGUCACUCUCUAUGCUCUCAAUAGCUGGCCGAAUGCUUAGGCUGUGAGAUAAAAAGACAUUAACCCACAUUUUUCUAUAUGUUUGAGAUUACUCUGCAUUCAUAUGGGCUCCUUAAUUGAUAAAUGUUACAGAGUAUU